CCCCGCCCCGCUCCCGGCAGCCUUCGCGCGGCGGCGCAGGCCGGGUCGCGGCAGAGGCGCUGACUGGCUCCGCCAUGGUGCGGGGCGGCGGGGCGGUGCUGCGGCAGUAUGGCAGCUUUAUAGAUGCCCUGCGGCUCUACGUGCGAGGAGGAACGGGUGGCAUGGGCUAUCCUCGCCUAGGCGGGGAAGGAGGGAGAGGUGGCGAUGUCUGGUUCAUCGCCCAAGAGCGAACUACCUUAAAGAGCAUUAAAGACAGAUACCCCCAGAAGCGAUUUAUAGCUGGAACAGGAGCCAACAGCAGUGUCAGAGCGUUAAAAGGUGAAAAGGGAAAAGACCGUGAAGUUCACGUGCCUCCAGGGAUUUCAAUUCUUUGUGAUGAUGGAAAGCAGAUUGGAGAGCUUAAUGCAGCAGGAGAGCGAUGCCUAGUAGCUCGUGGAGGUCUCGGAGGCUCUUUGGCUACAAACUUCCUGCCUUGCAAGGGUCAGAAGCGAAUUGUUCAUCUCGAUUUGAAACUUAUAGCAGAUGUUGGCUUAGUUGGGUUUCCAAAUGCAGGAAAAUCAUCUCUGCUAAGCAAGGUUUCUCAUGCCAAACCUCAGAUUGCAGAUUAUGCAUUUACAACAAUAAAGCCUGAACUGGGAAAAAUCAUGUAUGCAGAUUAUAAGCAGAUUUCAGUAGCUGAUCUCCCAGGACUGAUAGAAGGUGCACAUGCAAACAAAGGGAUGGGCCACAAAUUUCUCAAACAUAUAGAAAGAACGAAACAGCUUCUCUUGGUUGUUGAUAUAUCUGGGUUUCAGCUAUCUGUCAAGACUCGUUUCAGAACAGCCUUUGAAACUAUAUUGCUUCUGACAAAGGAACUGGAGCUAUACAAAGAAGAACUUCUAACAAAGCCUGCACUUCUUGCCAUUAAUAAAAUGGAUUUGCCUAGUGCAAAGGAAAACAUGAACGAACUUAUGAAACAGCUACAGAAUCCUCAAGACUUUUUACACUUACUACAGGAAGAACUGAUUCCUGAGAGUACGAUCAAGUUCAAAGAUAUAAUUCCUGUAUCAACAUGUACUGGAGAAGGAAUUGAGGAACUAAAAGCAUGUAUCAGAAAAUCACUAGAUGAAGAAGCAGAGAAGGAGAAUGAAGAUUAUCGGAAAAAUAAACUACUACUUUUACGAACUUCAGAAGAAAAACAAAUGAAUAGAGGCUAGCAUUCUUAGAUAAUGUGCUUCAGCGUUUAUGAACUUCUGAGAGGAUGAUUGAUUUGUAUUUUACCUUAAAUAUAACGACUUGUUAUGAAACAGGCAUUGAUUUUGUCAUUCUGUGAACUGAGAUCACUGGUUAAACCUUCCUUUUUAAGACAGAGCUGAAUUGUUAUCUGUUAUGUAAGAAAUAGACAGUGUAAGACCAAUGUUUUCUAAAAUGUGAAGCAUAAUAGUGUCAUUCAGGAAUAGGUAAAUUUUAAAGAGGAAAAAAUAGUUGUUAUUUGGGUAGAGCACAAUGGGGAGAAGAACAGUUUUGCUGCUUUGUAUAGGCUACAAACUGAGCAGAUCAAAGACAUCAUAUUGUGAUUCUUUGUUAUUUUGAAGAUGUAAAGGAAAACACAAAUGACACCAGGAAGUGACUGUAGGAGCAUGGAAGAACAAGACUUUUGUGUUCAUUUUUCUACACCUGCUUGUGCCUAGAGUAGUCCUCUUCACACAAACCCCGAUUCCCAAUUCCCAGACUUAAUUUGGCAAUUCCUCCUUUUAUGGAGGCAUAGGUCCAUGCGACACUGUUGAAGAAAAUGGUGGCUGCUUUCAACAGAGCUGCGUAUUUUUGGGAAUAGUUGAUGUUACCAGUUUUUGUAUUGAAAGUAAACACAUUUACAUUUUACUUAGAAAGCCUUUAUUGUACAGAAUGUUUCCCACUUCAAAGCUAUUAAAAUGUAAAGCAAAAUAAGACUGAAUUCAUUAAAAAUUUCUCAACUUAA